AGGCUACAACACGAGUCAAGAGAAAGAAAGAAAAAAAAGCCACACUAGUCAAAACAAUCCACGAACCAAUCGAUCGACGACAUCAAUCGUCUCCGGCGAUGACGCACGGCCAUCACCACCACCACGGCAGCGGUGGUGGCCAUCAUCACCACCACCAUCACCACGGCGGCCACCACCACCACGGCCACCAUCACCACGGCGGCCACCACCACCACCACCAUCACGGCGGCCAGGUUUUGCCGGGGACCGCCGUCCGGGUCCCCUACCUGACUACCACGACGGUCCAUGCGCCGCUCCUCGAGCCCAUGCCGCACAGCUCCGGCUGCGACAAGUUCCUCUAUCCGUGUUUGGCCAUCUUGAUCCUGGCAGCCGUGUUCACCUUCUUCAUAUUCGGCUGAUCCAUCCAUGGAGCGUCCAGAUUUACUACUCCGAUCCUUCUUGAUGGCAUCCGCAUGCACGGCAAGCAGAUUAAUUAGUUAGUUAAUCAUGACUUGUGGUGGGCAUGUAUGGUCGUCCACUUGAUUAUUUCUGUGUAAUUACAAAUACUAUGCGCGAUGCUAUUCAAGUUCAAACCAUGGAGGAUAGCUCCGCCGAAGACACUAGCUAGCUCCCUGCCGUCAUACUCAAUUCAGUUUUCGUGUUU